CGGCAAGCCCAUAAAUGUAGUUGGAUUGCUUUUAUCUUCCCAUUUUCUUCUCUCUCAGAAAAAAGAAAAGAAAUACCCAAAUUAGGUUUCUAGGGUUUCUCACGAAUCCUUCCAGAAAAAAAUCUCUCGCAUUCAAAAACUAAGGUUUUACACUCACAGUCUGUAGAUCAGAUCUUGAGAUUUUUGAAAGUUUUGAUUGAUCUUCUUCGGAGAUGACGAAAAGGAAGUCUAGAAGACUCACUCGUCAGUCUAAUCAACCAGCCAUGGACGGCAAUGACGAACCUCCGUGUCCUCCUCCACCACCUCCUAAAACCACUCAAGAAUCAGUAGCAGUAGAACAAUCAAGAGAAAACCCUGCUCUAGAGUUGAAAGAAUCCCAAAAGUCUGAGAACGUUCAAGAAUCUGAAACCCUCGAUGAGGAGCGAAAACAAGAACGUGAUGAAAAAGCAGAAGGUGCUGCUGCUACUACUACUAGUGUUGCAUUUGACCUUAAAAGUCCUCUACCUGUUUUAUACAAAAGAGGUCCUGGUCAUAGAAAGAAAUCGUUAAACCGUAACCAACAAGCCAUGUUAAUCAAGAAGUUUGAAGAGCUUAGGGAUAAUUUGCAUAUAAUUCCGUUUGUUCCUGCUAAGAGACUUGAUUUUGAUAAGCAUGAGGAGCUUUUAAGGAAGCUUCAGUUGUGGGAUUUUGUUCAUGUUCAGUUUGAUAGAGAGGUGAGUUCGGAAUUGUUGGCUUCGCUUAUUGUGAAUUAUGAUCGUAUUGCGAGGAGUAGUACUGUGAACACUUAUAAGAUUAUGGUAAAUCGAGCUGAUUUAGCAAGGGCUGUGAAGCUUCCUGUGAAGAAGGUUACUCAAUCGGAGGAGAUUGAUAUUGGGGUGUUGUCUGCAGAGUCGAUAUCGUUUUUGCAGGAGUUUGUGUCUAAUUGGAUUUUGCUUCAUGAGGAUAUGUGGGUAUCUACAGAUGAGGUUGUGGUUUGGACUAGACUUAUUAAAGAAGGGAAACCACAGAAGGUGGAUUGGGCAUCAAUGAUUUGGUUUAUGGUAGAGAAGGAACUUGCAAAGGGAGCAAAGUUACAGACGUGUUAUUAUGCUUCACAUUUGCAAUGUUUGAUGAAGUGUCAGCGUAGUGAUCUGUUUAAAGAAGAAAAAAGGGUUGAGACGAAGGUGGAAAAAGAAGUGAAUGUGGAUGUAAAAGUGAAAAGUGUGCAAGAAGUCCAGGCGAAUGAUCUGGAGAUUGAAAAAGAUACCGAACUAACUCUUGGGAAGGAAAGAAAUGAGAGUAAGCAGCAGCAAGUGAGGGAUGAAGAAGGUAAAGCACCUGCUCAUCCCUCAGAAUGGCCUUUAGAUGAGAAGAAAAAGAUGAAUGGCGUUUCUUUGAGACCCUGCAGUUCUAAUAAACUUGAAAAGUUCGAGGAGCCUCUCGAAGUGAAUGAAAUUGAUGAUGAUGAUAAGCAGCAGCAAGUGAGGGAUGAAGAAGAUGUCAUGGGUGUGGAAGAAGAAGGUAAAGCACCCGCUCAUCCCUCAGAAUGGCCUUUAGAUGAGAAGAAAAAGAUGAAUGGCCUUUCUUUGAGACCCUGCAGUUCUAAUAAACUUGAAAAGUUCGAGGAGCCUCUCGAACUGAAUGAAAUUGAUGAUGAUGAUGAUAAGCAGCAGCAAGUGAGGGAUGAAGAAGAUGUCAUGGGUGUGGAAGAAGAAGGUAAAGCACCUGCUCAUCCCUCACAAUGGCCUUUAGAUGAGAAGAAAAAGAUGAAUGGCAUUUCUUUGAAACCCUGCAGUUCUAAUAAACUUGAAAAGUUCGAGGAGCCUCUCGAAGUGAAUGAAAUUGAUGAUGAUGAUAAGCAGCAGCAAGUGAGGGAUGAAGAAGAUGUCAUGGGUGUGGAAGAAGAAGGUAAAGCACCUGCUCAUCCUUCAGAAUGGCCUUUAGAUGAGAAGAAAAAGAUGAAUGGCCUUUCUUUGAAACCCUGCAGUUCUAAUAAACUUGAAAAGUUCGAGGAGCCUCUCGAAGUGAAUGAAAUUGAUGAUGAUGAUAAGCAGCAGCAAGUGAGGGAUGAAGAAGAUGUCAUGGGUGUGGAAGAAGAAGGUAAAGCACCUGCUCAUCCCUCGGAAUGGCCUUUAGAUGUGAAGAAAAAGAUGAAUGGCCUUUCUUUGAGACCCUGCAGUUAUAAUAAACUUGAAAAGUUCGAGGAGCCUCUCGAACUGAAUGAAAUUGAUGAUGAUGAUGACGAUGAUGAUGAAGUAGAUGAGGAAGAGGAAGAGACAGAGGAAGAAAUGUAUACAGGAAAAGAAAAUCAUGAGUUGGAGAGGAUACCUUCGGACUAUCUCCAACCAAUGGAACCGACAGGUAUGCCUUCUAACCCAUUAAGGCAACCUCCUGAGAACAACCCUAUUGAAGUGAAUGAAAUAGAUUCUGAUGAUGAUGAUGAUGAUGAUGAUGAUGAUGAUGAUGAUGAUGAAGUAUAUGAAGAAGAGGAAGAGACAGAGGAAGAAAUGCACAUGGGGAAAAAAAAUCGUGAGUUGGAGAGGCUACCUUCGGACUAUCUCCAACCAAUGGAACCGACAGGUAUGCCUUCUAACCCAUUAAUGCAACUUCCUGAAAACAACUCCAUUGGAGAUUUUUUUCAUUCUGGGCCCAACAACGACAUGAGUCAGAUGAAUAUAAGAGGUUCAUCCAUGUAUCCACGCAAAAGAGCGCUUAGCUGUGAAGAUGAGAUGCAGAAUCACCUCUCUACUGAUCAAAAUAAGAGGAUGAGGAGCGAUGGCCAAUGGGACCAUAGAGGAUCAGGUAUUGACAAUCUCUUGGAGCAAAUGAACAGCUUACAAUGUAAUGUCAGAGCAAUGUAUGCCGAGAAAGAAGCACAAGCCAUGGAAGCCGAAAGGAAUCAGCAAUCCUUGAUGGGUGAAGUGCAGUGUCGGGAUAGGUUGAUUGAGAACCUGAAGGAGGAAGUGCGUAAAAGAGAUAUGGCGAUUUAUAAGUUGGACCAUGACAUGCGUCUUAUGGGUGAUCUAUUAGAAGGUUAUAGAAAAGCUAUGAAAGAUACGCGAAAAACCUUCUCUGAAUAUAGGCAACGACACCCAGAGCCUGAAGAACCACUUUACAGGGAUGUUCCUGGGUCUGGUGGGCUUGUUGUUAGUGUAAUGGCGUUUGAGAGAAUGCAAUGGGACCGUGAAGAAGAAGAUAAGCUGAAGCGUCAGACUAUUACAAAUCAGGUCGAGGAAUUUGCACGUGAUUGGUUCGAAAAGUUUGAAGUAAGUCUCACGAAGGUGCACUUAAUAGAUGAAAGGUUGUUCAAGUUUAGCGAGGAAGUCAAACUACUUAAAGAAUUAGCUGUGGAGCGCAAGGUGUCAAAAUCAGAAUCCGAAGCAGUCAUUUUCAAGAAGGAAGAAGAGGAGAACCUCACUGUGACAACCAUGAAGUUGAAAGUCUGUGUAAAAGCUGCUAUUGGUGAUUCUGAUGUUCUUGGAGAUUGUCCUUCAUGUCAAGGAGUUCUUUUAACCCUAGAAGAGAAGAAAGUUCCUUACAAGAUGUGUUUGAUCAACACUGCUAACAAACCUCAAUGGUUUCUGGAAGCUAAUCCUGAAGGAAAGCUACCUGCAGUCUACUUUGAUGGCAAAUGGGUAACAGAUUUGGAGGUUAUCACUCAAGCUCUUGAGGAAAAAUACCCUGACUCAUCUCUUGUUACACCUUCUGAAUUUGCCUCAGUUGGAUCGAAGAUAUACAGGUAUUUUGAUACGUUCUUGAAAAGCAAGGAUGCUAUGGAUGGUUCAGAGCAGGCUUUGAUCUCUGAGUUGUCUUCAUUGGAAGAGCACCUGAAAGCUCAUGGUCCUUACGUCAGCGGGGAGAAAAUUUCUGCUGUUGAUUUGGGUUUGGCGCCCACGCUUUACCACCUUGAGGUUGCUCUUGGACAUUUCAAGAGCUGGAGCGUCCCAGAAAAUCUCACUCACGUAAUGAACUACAUGAAGUUACUUUUCUCUCGGGAGUCAUUUGUUAAGACCCAGCCAGCUGACAAGAAUUACAUCAUCGCGAGAUUGGAACCGCUGGAACUCGUAAGGCUAGGGGAGGCUACUUCGAUGGAACAACUUGCAGGGCCGGGGGAGGCUACUUCGAUGGGACAACUUGCAGGGCCAGGGGAGGCUACUUCGAUGGAACAACUUGCAGGGCCGGGGGAGGCUACUUCGAUGGAACAAUAGGUGAUAAGCUGACUUGACAAGAACUGUGCUAUUGUGGAAAAUCAUUUUGGAAAAUCAACACUGAGCAUUGGCUAUUGUGGAAAAUCAUUUUGGAAACAUAGUACGUUUAUUUUCGGAGUAUGGGAAUGUAAAUUUGCUACCCUAGUCACAAGUGCCUUGCGAACUAGAAGGUGUAAAGUUAGCUAUGUAAAACUAGCUAUGAAAACUAGAUAACCUCACUAAUGAUAUUACUGGUCUUGUGAAUGAGUAUGUUACGGGUGUAAAAGUUUCUGAAUCUGAAUUUUGUCUUUGUUCCGUAUUAAAAAGAAGAAACUGAUUUUUCAGUGUAAUUACUGAAAAGUUACAUGGAAGUUUAAAACAGUUUGUACAGAA